AACACCAUGCUCCCGGCCGGGGAAUCUACCACUGGCUGCAUGCCGAUCUCUAUGGAUUGCAUAAUGUAACUGGGUCUGGGAGAUUGCGAUAUUUGCGAUGCUAGUCUGGUAUGACUUUGAAAUCUGAAUUGCGUGGCCGCCUAGAGCUCCUACUGCCUGUCAUGCGAAAACGCAGUUUCUCAUGCGGGGCACACAACAACUCAGAACCACGGAAAAACUUGUCAUGCUGGGCUGCGCAUUACAGAGUGCUCACUCUCCCCUUCCUUGCAUCACAAGUUUCCAGCCCCAGACAUUUUUGCAAUGCAUAAUCUCCGGGGAGUCGCAGCUCCAAAUGACGGACGGGUACGACGGUCCGGGUGUGAUGAUUAUGCAAUACAAAUAAAGCAUCGCACUCGUAUAGAUGCAUUACAAAUUUCCUCAGCAUGAGAAAUGAAAUUUGUAAUGCAGAUUUGCCUUGGGGGCAAGAUUUGUAAUGCAAGACUUGCAGCAUUUAUACGAGUGCGAUACUUUUGCACAGGACAAUGAUGGCGGCGGAUCGAGAAGAGGCGUUGGACAACUUCGCCUCCGGGGAUCAAAUGAUGCAAGACGCGCAGAUGGAAUCCAUGGCCAUCGCCGCCGACGUCACUAUCGCGAACCACGACCCGGCGGGCGGGAUCAACCUAGACUACCCGGACACGACCACCCCGACGCUGGAUGAGGACCCGUAUCUGAACAGCAACUACGCGGGCUUUGCUCCGAUGAAUAUGCCCCCGCGUCGUGGCCUGGAGCAGAAGGGUAGGGGCACCCGCGCCCGGAUGCUGAAGCAGAUCGAAAAUCGGAAAAACGCCGAGAUUCGACAGCAAAAGCGGAAGUUAUUGGAAAAAGAGUACCGCCGGAUGUUACCGCACGACAACACGACCGCGAGUAGCACGAUGUCACCGUACAAUUACAAUUACGACACCAUGAAUUCCGCUCCCAAUGUAUCCUGCGUAAAAACGUCCCCACCCGAUAGUCAAGUUGGUAAAUCUGCAACACAAAUCUCCAAGUUUCGGGAGUAUUGCAUGACAAGUUUCCCUCCAACAUGACAAGUUUCCCUCUGUACCGUCGUGCUGUUUAGCAAGGGCGGCCGCAUGAGAAAGCCCGCUUCUCAUCCUGUUUACAGCAUUAUUACAAAGUCCAAAACACGAGGACUGGAAAUGCCUCUCAUGCUGAUCCGCAUUACAAAUGUUCCUGUCAUUGCGCAUUUGCAUGACAACUAGGGUGGGGACGUUUUUACACAGGAUACAACGUGAUGCCCAGCAGCAUGGCGCCGGGAAUGAAUUCCUUUUCCAUCCCCGAAGCAUCUACGAUGGAUCCGCAGGCGAAAGCCGCGGUCAUGAACAUGUACUUCGACGCGUAUGAAUCCACGUCCCCCUACCCGACCACGGCCCCUCCGGGAACCGUCACGACUGCGCCGCCAACGACGACCUCGACGACUUCGACUCCAUAUCAUCUAGAUUUCGGGUACAACAACGACUACAGCUACACCACGUCCGCUGCGCUGGUGCAGGAUUCCGUGGCGACGACCAUGACGACCACGACAAGCAACACGUUGACGGUUACUCCUCAUUGGCUCCUCGGUUGGGACUACCGGUACGACUACAUGUGGGACGACAUCACGCAGAUGAGCAUUGUAUCGUAUGAAAAAAGUGUUUCACUGUAAGGAUUUUGCAGGUUUUGCAGCACAAGUUUGUUCCACAUGACAGAUGAAAUUUGCCAUGCAAGGUUUCUAAGGGAAAACACAGCUAAAAAUCCACUGUCCUGCAUGUGUAGCAAGACAAAUACUUCUGUGUUGCAUUGUAUGCAUCACAAGUUUAGUACAGUGAAACAGUUUUUUCUUGCGAUACAUUGAAACUAUCGUCUACACCGGUACCAACGCUACCUUGAUGGCGAUGUACCCGUCUGAUACGGAUUACGAGGUCGCGAUGACCGCCGAGCACAUGGAAAUAUGCAUUGCAAAUAUGUCUGGGCCUGGAAGAAUGCAAACUUGUGAUACGCAUUUCAUAACGCAGAAAAAUCUCUCAUGCAUAGGCAGCAAACGCUGCCCGCUUUCUGUCACCAAAAUAGGGCAUUUGCCAUGCGGAUUCGGCAUUGCGGAAGCUUCUCGAAACCUGUGAUGCUAGAGCUUCCAUGCCAUACCUUCUGCGUCAUGCAAAAGCAGCAUGACUCUUCCAGACCCAGACAUAUUUGCAUUUGAUAGGAAACCGGCUUGAACCAGAUGCAGGAUGAACAACAGUCGAAAACCGCACAAGAGAUAUGAGAGUGCACAACUCCCCUUCUCCCUUAUCUGUAAUGCAAAAGACCAAACCCACAUCCUGCCUUUAUGCACAGGCCGCAUGACAAAUUUUAGAGACUUCAAACAAUUAUACCACAACCCGUGUCGUGCAGAUUUGUCAUCCGGGAGCCACAUUUCUGCCGCUUUCUGUGUUGCUGCUCCUGCCCUUCAGAUAAGGGGAUACAAAGGGAAGGCAUGCACUCGCAUAAGAGAUGAACACCACCGUGAAAGACGUCUUCGAUGCGCAAAUGUCGUACGACGGGGACCUCCACGUCCCCAGCUUCAUCCCUCCGAACUACGACUGCUGGCAGCUAUGCAUUGCAAAAGUAACGUACUAGUAGUACUUGCAUUACAAAUUAGCUCAGCAUGGCAAAUGGAAUUUGUGAUGCAGAUUUACCUUGAGAAAGAGAUUUGUAAUACAUAAAUGCAACUACUACGAGAGCGAUACUUUUGCAGAGCAUAGCAGCACGGCACCAGCAACUUCGUCGAGCAGUGCUACGACGAGUACUAUGGGUAUUACUCCGUGCAUAUCAAAUGUAAAAAUGUCUGGGUCUGGAAGGGUGGGUACUUGUGAUGCAAACUCUGGAACACGCGAAAAUUUGUGUUGCAUGAGCGCCAAAAGCUGUCCAUUUCUUGGCACGCAAGUAGGAAGUUUCUCAUGCGGGACAGGCAUCAUGACGCUUGCUCAAAACCUGUGAUGCUUUUGCCUGCAUCAGACGCCAUUUGCGUGAUCCGAAACAUGCAUGACAAGUCUCGCAAUCUUCCAGACCCAGACAUUUUUACAUUUGAUAGUGCAGAAAGACUUCGGCGCGAUCUGCGAGCACCGGAAGUGGGUGCAGGCGAAGGCGAUGGAGGUGGCGGAAGCGGUGAAGAAGGUGGUGGAGCAGAAAGCGUAUACUGAGGCGCAUAGUGGGUUGUCGCGCCGGGUGAGGCGGAUGUUGAAGGAGAAGAAAUCUUCGGUGUCCGAAUCUGUUCCGAUAUGAAUUGCAAAAGCAUCGGACUAGUAUGAAUUGCAUUACAAAUUUUCUUAGCAUGAGAAAUGGAAUUUCAUUUCUAAUGCUGGUUGACUUAAGCAAAAAGAUUUGUAUUGCAUGAUUGCAAUUACGACGGGUGCGAUACUUUUGCACUUCAUAUCCGACGUACGUUCGGAAGUUAUUGAAACUUCCGCAGGAGUGGGAGCACGACGCGAAACGGCGGCUGAGUAAUUACAUGAUGCAGCCGGAAGCGAUGUUCAAUGAUUUCUUGACGAUGGACUCCGCGAAUUCGACCGGGCAGGAUUCCUCCGCAGAUCUUCCGGCGAACUUGAUGGUCGAUUCCAUGUACAACAUGAUGACGUACAACGAGUCCCAGCAGGUGGAAUCCCCCGACGCGGUUAUUCUAAGUAAAAGCCUCCCCACGACGACCCCAUAGUUGUCAUGCAAAUCUGUAUUUCCAAAUUGCUUCUCAUGCGCAACCCCAUGAGCAGCAGUUUCCCAUGCUGCCCGGCACUUUGUCAUGCUCUAAUCAGGAUAGGGAGCUGGAUUCGUGAUGCGGCUUCACUAGCAGAACACCACUACACUAGACACCCAAAGAACUUGUCAUGCGCAACAGCCAACACUUGCCGACUUGUGUAGCAAAAGCCCCAUCUUGACUCUGGGUUCUUGGGGAGGUUUUUCCAGACGAUAGCGGUAGCAUCCAUGCUCGUCGGUUUGGAAUCCACCAUGGACCCAGAUUACGUCGCGGCCGUGGAUGAUAUGCUGGAGUCCUUUGAGCGCCGGAAGUUAGAUAUCUACAUGCAGGCGCGUUCGAAGCCGAACUACUUGCAGGUGAUGCUGAACAUGGGUUUGAACCAGACGGAAAAAAUCAAGCUGAUGCGGGACAUCCAGGAAGUGGUUUACGCCCAGGAGCCCGUAUGAAAGUGCACAACUCCCCCUCCCCCUCAUUUGUCAUGCAAAAUUCCAAAUCUACCGUUUGGUAUUGGUUUGCCUGUUAGUACUGUUUGCAUGACAGAUUCCGGAAUCCGAAACAGCACUACAAUCUCCUAGGAUUUUGUCGUGCAAAGGCUGCAUCUUUGCCAGCGCUUGUGUUGCUGUUCAUGCAACACAAAUAAGGGGGAGGGGGAGUUGUGCACUGUCAUAACCCGGCGCCUGCACCCAGAUGGGCGCGGCGUAUUACAAGCCGGGGGGAUGCAAUUCGCUGUACGAGGAACAGCUGGGUUGCGCGAAUCUCCGCUGGAUCUCCACCUACUACGAUCAGUACACUUAUCAAGAAUAUUUCAACGAUUCUUGGACCCAGCCGCACAACCGCUGCGAGCAGAAGAAGCGGGAGUUGCGGUCUCUCGCGAUUGGCGGGACAAACAAGGAAUCCGCUCCGAUGCUGCAGGCGCUGAGUCAACUGCUCCAGCGGAUCGGGGACGGAAACUACCCAAGCACCGGGUUUUUAUGAGAAUGCACAACAACUCCCCGCCCCGCAUUUGUCUUGCAAAAUGCCAAAUCCACCCCUUGGCCUGUGGCACUGCGUGCAUGACAGAUUCCCGAAGGAGCCGAAACAGCACUUAGAACAUAUGGACUGUGAGUUUGUCAUGCAAAAGCUGCAUCUGUGCCGCCGCUUGUGUUGCUGUGAAUGCCAUCCAAAUGAGGUGCAGGAAGAGUUGUGCACUCUCAUAGCUUUCGGAAUUGUUGUGGAAAACCGGCUUGCGGAAGCCUCUGACUGCUUCGGAAGUGACGAAUCUGCACGCUAUCUGCACGUCGGUUUAUGACGGGACGAACGGCUGGGGCGUGAAGCAGGAGUGUCGGUACGACGACUGCGGCAACGAAAUCGGUUGCAACUUCGACAAGCGAGGGCAGCGAGAGGUGAAAGACAUUCUGAACUGCCCGAACGCGGUUCCACCCCCGCCGGGCACGUGCGCGAGUCAGGCCGGCGGGAAUUUCUAUUGCACAACCGCGAAGGCGGAUUUUAUCCACCACUGCAAGAACGUUUUGGACUUCCUCGUUGAAAUGAUGCCGGCGGAAGACCACUACGACCCAGUCUCCAAUAACUGGAUUGCGGGUUACCACGCAGAGCAGAUGCGCAUGGCGCUGAUCUUCGAACUGGACCCGACUUUUGUCUACCCGUAUGACCCCGAGCCGGUGGAGGCCGCGGGGUCGCGGUUGGCGAAGUGCACGAUUCAGGCGGUUCGGGAGAAUUUGCCAGAGGAGCCGGUGAAGGAGCUGUUCCACUUAAUGGAGACCGGGGAAGUGUCCCCGCAGGCUGCCAUGGAAAAGAUGUUGCAGCCGAAGUUGGAUAACGUUUGCAACGCGACCAGCCACGUGCAUGAGGCGAUGGAGAUGAUGAUGAAUAUGACGGAUAACUGUAAAAAUUUCUGCAUGACCUUCAAGAUGUGGGAAGAGACCAACUACCAGAUGAGUUGCGCGAACCGAAUUGCUAAACCGAUGUUCGACAACUCGUUCGCCUACAACGCCAUGCAGGAGCCGCUCUGCCGCCCGGACGUGGAAUGUAAGCUGUUUAACGAGAUGGCCCCGGUGCACGAGAAAAACAACAUUGUGAACGCCAAGGUGGUAUCAAGUGCAAAAGUGUCUGGGUCUGGAAGAAAGCGCCAUGGUCACGCAGCUCUUCCAUGACCCAUGAACUCUGGAAUGCAGGACCUAGCAUGACAGAUUCUGUGCGAUCUCUCUCAUGUCUAUCCUGCAUGAGAAACUCCCUCCCGACUUGGUCAAAAGCAAAACUGGACGACUUUUGGUAAUCAUGCAACACAGAUUUUUGCAUGCUUCAGAUUUAGCAUGACAAGUUGAGUUCUUCCACACCCAGACAUUUUUGCAAUUCAUAGGUGGCCGGCACGCGGCUCCGCGAGCGCCGCUUGCGGCGACUCGAGAUUGAGAACCGGCGGGUCAGACGGCUGGAAGAGUCGAAGGACUUGAAGAAGAAGUGUAUGUCCAUUGACAACGUUGAAUACUUAUGCUCUGCAAAAAUAUCGCACUCGUACUCAUUGCAAUCAUGCAUGUCAAAUCUUGUUUCUUAGCCAAAUCAGCAUUACAAACUCCAUUUCUCCUUCUGAGAAAAUUUGUAUUGCGAUUUACACUAGUGCGAUGCUUUUGCAAUGCAUAGUACUGUGCGAGCGACAACAAUCAAGUGGCCGGGAUGACGAGCGAAGAGUUGGAAAAGCAGCGGCGCCUGGAGUACUGGGAGGAGCGGGGCAUCGAUUCCAUCGCGACGGCGACGAACCCGGCGAAAGCGCAGCGGAUCUCGAAGUUCCGGUCGAACCGAAAGCAGCUGCGGAAGAGCCGGCGGAUGAACCGCCGGGGAAAGAACCGCCGGGUCCGGCGGCGGAACUAAAUGCUCUUUGACAGUGGACGUCUGAGGAUUUUUGCUGGUCGGAUUCUACAUGCAAGUCUGGGAUCCAACUUGUAAGAACACGGACAACAAUAUUAAGUCACACCUAUAUUAAACUGAACAUGUAGAUGUAGUGCAGCUAGUUAGUAGAAGCCCAUCAUAUGAGCAUGCUCAGUAUUGAUUUUUCCGAGGAAAUAGAUCUAGAUCGCAAUUUGAAAUUAAAUAAGAGACUCGAAGUACCAUAACCAUUCCAACCGAUAAGUAUUUAUUUUCGCGGAGACAGGAGAUGUUGCUCCUCUCUCACUACUUUUACCACGACGAAAAACGAUACUCAUGCCUUUCACCUGGUAAGAUUCUUAUGAAACUUCUGUAGUCACAGCAGUCAUUUCAUAUACGUAAUAAAACAAAAACGCCACAUAGUAGACACAGGAUUAACAUGACAUUAUAGACAUCAAAUUUACAGCACACGUAAGUCUCUACUUAAUGCAUUUAGUGCGAGUUUCAGUUUCAUUUUUGAUUUUUUUUCGAACGAUUUCCGUAUCCGUUUAUCAACACCAAAACUCUCGA